AGAACAGUCAGUAAAGGGGCGAGUCUCCGGGAACAUGGCGGCCUGUGUCUUGUGCCCCGUGAAGACCGAGGCACAAAUCCUUCAUAACUCCAUGCUAGAGGAGGACCCCAACGAUAAUUCCGCCACAAAUGAGGAGGAGAAGAUCAAGCCUCGCUGGGGGCCAUACCACAAGGGCGCGAAGGAGCUGGCGAGCCUCUACAGCAGGGGUAAGCGCACCCAGGAGAUCGUCUGCAUAUGUAUCUGUAUCACGCUGAUGGUGGUCAACCUGUACUUCAUGGCCUGCCACUUCAAGUUCGAGAAGGUCACGUCCAUCUUCCUGGUGGCGCUGGCGGGCAUCUUCACCGCAGACUUCGCCUCGGGGCUCGUCCACUGGGCCGCCGACACCUGGGGGUCUGUCGAGCUGCCGAUACUGGGGAAGAACUUCAUCCGGCCGUUCCGGGAGCACCACAUUGACCCCACCUCCAUCACCCGCCAUGACUUCAUCGAGACCAACGGCGACAACUUCAUGCUCACCAUCCCCGGCCUCACCUACAUGACCUGGAACUUCUGCACCAAGACCAACGAGGAAGUUCAGGCCAGCUACUACUGGUUUUCCUACCUCUACCUCCUCGCCAUCUUUGUCUCCCUAACCAACCAGAUACACAAGUGGUCCCACACAUACUUUGGCCUGCCUCGCUGGGUCACCAUACUGCAGGACCUGCACAUCAUCCUUCCCAAGAGGCAUCACCGAAUCCACCAUGUGGCGCCGCACGAGACCUACUUCUGCAUAACCACGGGCUGGCUCAACUACCCCCUGGAGAAGCUGCGAUUCUGGACCAGCCUAGAGCACUUGAUAGAGCUGGUGAGCGGGUGCAAGCCCAGGGCGGACGACUUCAAGUGGGCCCAGAAGAGGGAGUGACGCACGGAUAGUCUCGUGACGCCGCGCGGGAAAGGGAAGUCUGAGGCGGUUACGUAAGGAUGGCUCGUCGUCACUCGUCUGUCUGUCUGUCUGUCUGUGUGUCUGUCUGUCAAUGCCCACCCUCACGCCCGCCUUUCAUGCCCCGUCAAUCAUUCUCUCCCUCCCUUUCUCUCUCUCGUCUCCUGUUUCCUCUAUCCUUUCACCCGCCAUCCGCUCCUCUGUGAUGUGGGUUUUAUAUAUCAUAAUUAUCAUCAUUAUCUGCACAAAAAGUACGAGUAUGAAGAACUACUAUCACAGCAGCUGCUACCACCACCACCACCACCACUACUACUACUACUACUACUACUACUACUACCACUACUGAUUUGGAUACUAUUUAAACUGCUUAUUACUGCUAUGUGAAUGUGUAAAAAGUUAUUAAAAAGGGGGGGUGGGGGAAUGUGUUGUCAAGUGUUGUAAAAUGUUGUACUAAAUGUGUGUGUGUGUGUGUGUGUGUGUGUGUGUGUGUGUGUGUGUGUGUGUGUGUGUGUGUGUGUGUGUGUGUGUGU